AUGUCGACCGACAAGAGUCACUUCAAUGAACAUGAGGAUAUCAAGCAUGAUGGAGAGAAUGACUUAUCCCCCGAAUAUCGCGACUAUCUUAUAAGUCGACAUGGGACGGUUGAGCUUGAUCCUCUACCAGACAUGACUGAUGCCGAUCCAUACAAUUGGCCAAAAUGGAAGAAAGUCGUCAACCUGAUAAUGAUCGCAUUCCAUGCCAUGAUGGCGACUUUCACAGCCGCGGCAAUCAUGGCGGCCUUCGUCGACAUCGCCGCCGACCUUGGUGUUAGCGUCCAGCGCGCCAGUUACUUGACUUCACUCGUAAUCGCAAUCAUCGGUGGAGCACCGCUCUUCUGGCGUCCUCUUGCCGAUCGCUUCGGUCGUCGUCCCAUCUUCUUGUUGUCCCUGAUCUGUUCUCUGGUUGGCAACAUCGGAUGCGCCAACAGCUACUCAUUCGGUACAAUGGGUUUGUGUAGAGCCAUCACUGCUUUCUUCAUCUGCCCUGCUGCUGCUAUUGGUAGUGGAAUCGUUACGGAAACUUUCUUCAAGAAAGAGCGCGCUAGGUAUAUGGGAAUUUGGACCGUCAUGAUUACCCUAGGAGUACCAGUUGCUCCUUUAAUAAUGGGGUUCGUGGCUAUGCGUGUUGGGUACCGAUGGAUUUACUACAUCCUUGCCAUUACCAACGGCGUGCAAUUCAUCCUUUAUUUCUUUCUCGGACACGAAACCCGCUAUAUCCGCGACGCAAACUAUACCGACAACGGCACUGCAUCACCAGCAGUAAAGGUUAGCCAGUUCAAGUUCCGACGCAUUGAUCCCACUCCUCUCAAAUUUAGCGACUUCUACCAUCCACUCACCCUCGUGGUUCACCCAUGUAUUUUCCUCCCUGCUGCCGCCUACUCCAUGGUCUUCUUGUGGACUGGUAUCGUCCCGACUAUCGAAAUUCCCCAGUUGUUCCCCGUACUUUUCAACUUCAACACCGAGCAGAAUGGUCUUCAAAUGAUCAGCAUCAUCAUCGGAUCGCUUAUUGGCGAGCAGAUCGGCGGCUUCAUGUCCGAUAAAUGGAUGUCACGACGCCGUCAACAGCAAGCCCGCAAAUCCGGUAUUGCUAAUGCCGAGAAUACAGAAGAUGGCGGUAUCUCCGGUGAAGAAGUCCUCGUCGCUCCCGAAUACCGUCUUUGGCUCGCUCAUGUUGGUUAUGCGCUUUCGAUUGUUGGGUUCAUCGUGUUUAGUGUGCAGCUUGGGAAAGCUUCUGAUUCAUGGAACGUGACCCCUUUGAUCGGCGCAGCUAUUGGUGCUGCUGGUAACCAAGUUGUUACCACUGUGCUGAUUACUUAUGCCGUUGACUGUUAUCGUCUUGAGGCUGCGAGCGUAGGCGUCUUUAUUACCUUUGUCAGGCAGACUUGGGGUUUCAUUGGACCAUUCUGGUUCCCUCAAAUGUUUGAGAAUGUCGGGUUCAAUGGAAGCGCUGGAAUUGGUGUAGCUUUGAUGGUUGCCGUCAGCGUUAUUCCAACUAUCAUUAUUCAAUUGCAGGGUCACAAAUGGCGAUGA